UGAAUAUUUUAGGUCAAUGUUGUGACUGUACAAGACCGGUCAAGUAUGAAGUUCAGUGCAUCUAGAUUGAAAGAGCUAAAAUCAAAACUAGCUUCUGGCGAGAUCUCCAAAGUUGAAUCUGCUGAGCUUAAAAAAUUAAAGAAACUCAAAAAGAAGAAGCUGCAAGAGAAAGGUAACACAAGUAGUAUCUCUACCGCCUCAUUCAACACUACCCUCAACACAACUCUCAACACUACUAUUGGUGAUGAUGAGGUGUCCUUCAGUGGCGAGAAAGACGAGACUCAGAUUAAAGAUGUGAUUCUCGCAGUUGAGGAGGAUGUGAGUCCUGUAGUUGAGGAGGAUGUGAGUCCUGUAGCUGAGGAAGAUGUGAGUCCUGUAGCUGAGGAGGAUGUGAGUCCUGUAGCUGAGGAGUUUGAGCUAAACGUGGAAGAAGAUGAAGGGGACAAACCAGCAGAAGUGGUAGAUGAAGUUGAAAACGUAGAAGAUGAGAGUAAUGAAGACAAAGUUGAAGAUGAGGUUGCUGUCGAUGAAGAGGAGGAGGAAGCAGAGGAAGAGGUAGACGAAGAUGAUAUUGUUGCAGAGGUUGAAGAGAGUGAAAUUGCUGUAGCAGAAGAAGAGAAAACAGGUGAGGAAAAGGCAGAAGAAGACAGUGAAGAGGAAGAAGAAGAAGAGACGAUCAGACAAGAGAAACACGAGACCGUCACACUGGACACCACCCCAACACCUGACAUCCUCCCCGACAACACAUUCGCUUCACUCACUCCCUACGUCUCUGAGAAAAGCACCAAAGCUAUCACCGACAUGGGCUUCACCCACAUGACACCUAUCCAGCAUAAAACCAUCCUGCCUUUACUCAAAGGAAGAGAUGUGUUGGGUGCCGCCAAAACAGGAUCCGGUAAAACCCUAGCCUUCCUCCUUCCCGCCAUUGAGCUGCUGUUCAAGCUGAAGUUUAAGCCUAGGAAUGGUACUGGUGUUCUGAUUAUAUCUCCGACGAGGGAACUUGCACUUCAGAUAUACGGUGUGGCACGUGACUUGUUGAAAUACCACAGUCAUACAUUCGGUAUCAUAAUGGGCGGCGCUAACCGGAAAACAGAAGUUGAGAAACUGGGCAAGGGAGUGAACCUGCUGAUCGCUACUCCCGGUAGAUUGCUGGACCACUUGCAGAACACGAAGAACUUUGUCUUUAGAAAUCUCAAGUGUCUCGUUAUCGAUGAGGCUGACCGAAUUCUGGAGGUAGGGUUUGAAGAGGAGAUGAAGCAGAUAAUUAGGCUGGUCCCUGUCAAGAGACAAAGUAUGUUGUUCUCGGCUACACAAACCCGGAAUGUAGAGGACCUGGCCCGGAUAUCUCUCCAGCAGGCUCCUCUCUAUGUGGGAGUGGACGAUGAGGAGGAGAAGAGCACGGUAGAGGGACUUGAACAGGGAUAUGUGGUUUGUCCGAGUGAUAAGAGGUUUAUGUUGUUGUUUACAUUCGUCAAGAAGAAUAAAGACAAGAAAUGUAUGGUAUUCUUCUCUACAUGCAGUGCCGUGAAAUACCACGCCGAACUGUUUAACUACAUCGACAUCCCCGUCAAGGAUAUCCAUGGCAAGCAAAAGCAGCAGAAACGAACGACGACAUUCUUCGAAUUCUGUAACGCCAGUAGCGGUGUUCUGUUUUGUACGGACGUGGCUGCCAGAGGGCUGGACAUUCCUGCCGUGGACUGGAUCAUUCAGUACGAUCCACCAGAUGAUCCUAAGGAAUACAUCCACCGAGUAGGGCGUACAGCUAGGGCAGGUGGAGCAGGAAAUGCUCUUCUCUUUUUACUCCCUCAGGAGAUCGCAUUCCUCAGAUACCUCAAACAUGCAAAGGUUCCCCUAAACGAAUACAACUUUAGUAACAACAAAAUCGCUAACGUGCAGACUCAGCUGGAAAAGCUGAUCACAAAGAACUUCUACCUCUUCAAAUCGGCGAAGGAAGCUUACAGAGCCUACAUCCAAGCCUAUGCCUCUCACUCCUUAAAAACAGUUUUCGUGGUCGACAAGUUGGAUUUGUCUCUUGUUGCUAAAUCUUUUGGAUUCCAAGUACCUCCUGCAGUCAAUCUCACUGUAAACAGUACCAAACGGAACAGUAAAUCAAAAGCAGACAAAUUCAGACAUAAUAAGAAGCAGAAAUUUACAAGGACCUAGAAGUGGCGAGGGAUUUUUUAGAUUAAUUUAUUGUGCCCUGGGCUGAAUUUUAAGAUUCAUUUAUUCUGUUUUAAAGUGUCAGCUGAGUAUUGACAUGAAUUUCAAAGCCAAGAGCGUUGCCUUUAAAUACAUAACAACGUUUGGUUAAGUAAAAUAGCAGUUGCUGAGAAUGCGAGUCUCAGAAUUGUCCUGUGAAAUUUCUUUCAUCCUUAUUUUCAGGUUUUUAUUUGAUCAUAUUUUAACGGUAUAGCGCAUAUCUUCAGUUAUUCAGUAGUUGUUGUGGUUUUUACAUUAAUUUAUUGACCUCUUUUACCAUUUAUCCUGUCUGAAACCGGGGUAAUUUUUCUGA